CGCAGCUUAGAGGUGGAUAAAGUUCGUCUCCACGUUGGAAGUGAAAGAAAGUACUAUACCGAUCCCCACUUUUAAUGUCUAUAUGGAAAGAUAGCAUCGCCGGAGCAUUUUCAAAUUGAAAACAAGUGAUGUUUAUCUUUCUGGGAACCUUAUUUCGGUGAUGACCAUCUUAUUUUAAAGAAAGUUUUUUUUUUAUAGGACACCGAAAGUUGUCAAGUAAGUAGCAUUUAAAGACAAUAGACGGACUCCGUCCAGACGACUUUUGUAGACAUUUGAUGCUCGAAACAGUCGAGGUAAUAACUGAAGAUAUUAGCCUACAGAACUGUGUAACAACGCCUAUGCCUUAUGCCUACCAAGAUGGAAGCAACAUUUUACGACGAGUCUGUAAAAGCCGCUAAUUCUCAGCACGACGGAAUGACGGGAGGGUACGGAUUCAACCCGAAGACCCUCAAACAGACCAUGACGUUGAACCUCAACGACCCAAAGAAUUACAAACCCGGGCUCCGCUCCAAGGCCAUCGACAUCCUGACGUCUCCCGACGUCGGAUUGCUGAAACUGGCCUCGCCUGAGUUGGAGAGACUAAUCAUCCAGUCGUGCACCGGGCUGACGACUCCCACCCCGACCCAGUUCAUAUGUCCCAAAAACAUCACGGACGAGCAGGAGGGCUUCGCCGACGGUUUCGUCCGCGCCCUGGCAGAGCUCCACUACCAACAGAUGCCCAACAUGAGCGCCGACGCACAGACCAAUGUGCCAAGCGCCAUGGGCGCCGUGGCGCAGAGCGCGUCCGAGGAGGGCGGCGUACAAUACAGCUGCACGGUGCGCCCCGAGCACCCACCGGAAUAUACCAACUUGGGCACUUUCAGUCGGGCUGAUGGCUCUGCGUCGGCACCUACUGGCGAAAGACAGAUCUCCUCUUCGAACUAUCCCACCGCGCAGUCCUCCCAGAGUCGACUCGAAGCCCAGCUGGCGGCGCAGCACGCACGGCUACAGGCGUUCAAAGAGGAGCCCCAGACGGUGCCCGAGAUGUCCGGCGACUCCCCGCCGCUGUCGCCCAUCGACAUGGUGAGCCAGGAGCGGAUCAAAGCCGAGAGGAAGCGCAUGAGGAACAGAGUCGCGGCGUCCAAAUGCCGGAAAAGGAAGUUGGAGAGGAUCUCUCGGCUGGAGGACCGGGUGAAAAACCUUAAAACCCAACACACCGAGUUGGUGUCCUCCGCAAACGUGCUCCGGGACGAGCUGGCCUUGCUGAAGCAGAAGGUGAUGGACCACGUGAACAGCGGCUGCCAGCUGAUCCUCACCCAGCAGGUCGGGACGUACUGAGGGCCAGGGCGACAUGGACCCGGCGUGGGGGGGUGGGUGUGCACUUCACUAACCCUUCACAACGAGACAGUUCAGCGUGUGUUGGGGGACCAACACGCAGCUCCGAGUGGCGUGUCGUGCACCCUGACAGAAUGGAGACAGAAUAAACUUUUUUGGAGUCAUGUUAACUCCCAGCAUUACAGGCCUGGUCCCACUUGUCUUCCAGUUUCUAUUUACUGUCCAUGCGUUCGGUUCUUCUACCACUUCUCUUCUCUCACCAGCGACCAUUUGUACAGAGCACGAUAACGUUUCCUACCUUUUACACGGGAAGAACGACUAGAGGUGUUUACUGACAACUUGCCUUGUUUUCUUAACUUUUACAUCGAUACAAAUUGUAAUAUAGACGUAGCGUCGAUUAGACCCAAACUGUUACUUUUUACUAUUUUUAUGCAGUCAUUUUGAGCACUUCAGCAUUUGUAAAUAUGAUGUAAUAAACAUUAGACACAUAUAUGACCUGUGGAUACGUAUUGCAUUAUUACGUGAAAUCUUUCUAUUGGAAAAUGAUCAUUAAACGAGUCCUAGUUUAGGGCGGGCAGACGUGGAGUCACCCUCCCAGUGUUAUGGUUGGAGAGUCUGCUCGGCUGACGAUUGGACAGCGAUGUGUCGGAAGGAUGCCAAAUAUGGCAAGGGUGCCCUGGAGACACGCAGCGUACGCACUAAGUGUGUGGGCGUGGUCUCUUGCGUGAUCCUGGCAAGGAGAAUAAAACAAACAAUAGGCCAAGUCGAAGAGCUUUUAUUCCAAAGUAAUUGUACUGAAAAUAAAAAAACAUGUUCCUGAUACAAGAUGCAUCAUGAAUGAUAUAUAUACAAAACGUUUACAAAAAAAUAAUCUUAGCUGUACUGGAUUUUAGUAGGCAACUAAAUGGAAGGGCAUUUUGCCUUUACACAACAUACAUGUAUUUACACCCAUUUAGACCACACCCGUACAACUAGUGAAGUGACUGGUGUAUAUAUAUAUAGAACUAGACACCAUAAUCACCAUGUUUCAAGUGAUGCCCGAAUUGAUCAAUGCAGCUCAUGUAAAUCUAAAUCUAUUGUCUGUCAUGGAAAUCACACUUACACAUAUAUAUAUAUAUACACAGACACACACCCCGACUACACCUGCCAGGUGUGGUGAAGGAUACCUUUACCUGCUCAUUAGGUACACAAGUGGGUCUUUCCUAUAACAUGGCAUGUGCCAACACUUACAGGUCACCCAUUAUUUACAACGUUUGUAUCAUCAGCUGACUUGAAAAACGUAUUG